UCCUCGUUGAGCGUAUUAUCGCAGUAUAGUAUAUCGCAGUAUAGUAGUAAUAAAUAAUAUUAACACACGGGUGACUCACUCGGAUAAGCAGCGUAGCGAUCUUCGCUGACGCCAUUGUGAUUAUGAUUAUGAUUUUUGGGUGGGUUCUCUGCUAACCCUCUGUCCCUGGUUAUGUUUGUGUUAUGUGUGGUAUAUGGUGUAUGGUGUAUGGGAUGGUCGUUGUGGAUUCCGGGCUGUUCUUCCUUAGGCUUUGUGCUCUGUGCUUUGUGUAUUCCAAUUUCCGGGCUCUUCUUCGUUGGGCUUUGUCGUACAGCUGCUUUGGACUCUGUGCUUUGUCCUCCUUCGUACUCCUUCGUACUCCUUCGGGCGUGAUCUAUGCAGCCGUACAAACUGGAAGGAAGAAGGGAUUUCGAGAGAAUUCUCGAGAGUCUGAUGAGUCUGAUGAGUCUGUAGCCGUCUGCAGCAGUCUGGUGCGUCCGGUGCGUCUGUGGUGAGUCUGGUGCGUCUGAUGAGUCUGUGGUUGUCCGUA